UUCUUCUUUUCCUACUUCCAUCCUCUCCCCGCCACUGGAAGUCCUCCCGUAUCUAAAUGGAAUUAGUGGAGACCGAAGCCCCUUGUGUAAGGAACAGACAUGACCCAUGGGCGCAGCUUCUUUCACAUUGUAGCAAGUCUAAUCAUCCUACAUUUUUCUGGGGCAACCAAAAAAGGAACAGAAAAGCAAAGUGUUUCCGAAGGACAGAGACCAGUGCAGUGUGGAACUUGGACAAAAUAUGCAGAAGGAGGCAUCUUCACUUCUCCAAAUUACCCCAACAAAUAUCCUCCAGACAGAGAGUGUGUCUACAUUAUAGAAGCUGCUCCUAGACAAUGCAUUGAACUACACUUUGAUGAAAAAUAUUCUAUAGAGCCUUCUUGGGAGUGUAAAUUUGACCACAUAGAAGUAAGAGAUGGACCUUUUGGCUUUUCCCCAAUCCUUGGACGUUUCUGUGGACAGCAAAAUCCACCUAUGAUAAAAUCCAGUGGCAGAUUCCUGUGGAUUAAAUUUUUUGCUGAUGCUGAACUGGAAUCUAUUGGGUUUUCUGCUCGGUAUAAUUUUACACCUGAUCCAGAUUUUAAGGACCUUGGCGUUUUGAAGCCCUUGCCAGUUUGUGAGUUUGAGAUGGGAGGACCUGAAGGAAUUGUGGAAUCUGUACAAAUUGUUAAAGAAGGAAAAGCUUCUGAAACUGAGGCAGUAGACUGUAAAUGGUACAUCCGAGCACCACCUCGAUCCAAGAUCUAUUUGCGAUUUUUGGACUACGAGAUGCAGAAUUCCAACGAAUGCAAAAGGAAUUUUGUAGCAGUGUAUGACGGAAGCAGCUCGGUGGAGGAUUUGAAGGCAAAGUUUUGCAGCACAGUUGCUAAUGAUGUGAUGCUGAGGACAGGCCUGGGUGUAAUCCGCAUGUGGGCAGAUGAAGGCAGUCGAAACAGCCGAUUCCAGAUGCUCUUCACAUCUUUCCAAGAACCCCCUUGUGAAGCCAACGCAUUCUUUUGCCACAGUAAUAUGUGUAUAAAUAAUACACUGGUCUGCAAUGGACUCCAGAACUGUGUGUAUCCCUGGGAUGAAAACCACUGCAAAGAAAAAAGAAAAGCAAACCUAUUGGACCAACUUACCAAUACCAGUGGGACUAUAAUUGGGGUGACAUCUUGCAUUGUGAUCAUCCUCAUUGUUAUCUCUAUUAUAGUACAGAUCAAGCAGCCUCGUAAAAAAUUUGUCCAAAGGAAAGCAGACUUUGAUCAAACAGUGUUCCAGGAGGUGUUUGAGCCUCCUCAUUAUGAGUUAUGCACCCUUAGAGGGACAGGGACUACAGCUGACCUUGCUGAUGUUGCAGAUGACUUUGAAAAUUAUCAUAAACUGCGGAGAUCCUCUUCAAAAUGCAUUCAUGACCAUCACUGUGGAUCACAAGUGUCUAGUCUUAAGGGCAGCCGUAGUAACCUCAGCACAAGAGAUCCUUCUGUCUUGACAGAAAUACAGCCCCAGCCUGUAAAACCACUUGUUCAGCCCAUGAACAGGAGAAACAUCCUUGUCAUGAAGCAUAGCUACUCACAAGAUGCUGCUGAUGCGUGCGAGAUAGACGAAAUUGAAGAGGUGCCAACCACAAGUCACAGGCUGUCCAGACAUGAUAAAGCUGUUCAGCGGUUCUGCCUCAUUGGGUCUCUAAGCAAACAUGAGUCUGAGUACAACACAACUAGGGUCUAAGAGAAAAGCCUGAGACUGCUUGAGAAUAGUGCGCUCCUGGGUGAUUUUGAACAUGCUACAGUGAAAUGUGAAACUAUCGUCCUUGGAAACACCAGCUAGAGGUUUUAUGGACUCUGACCAGCUAUUCUCUUAUCAUGAAAAAAUUCAGCAGUGUUGAGUAAAAUUACUAGAAGGCAAUAAGACUUUGGUUAUUAUGCUUAUCAGUCAUUUAUCUUUUUGUUUUUCUCUCUUCUUUUUGUUGCAAGUAAAAUUCCCAAUUUCAGGAACAAUUUAUUGAAAUCAGGUAUUUAGCCAUUCAUAAUCACUUCAAUAGAAACGUUUGUUGGAUAAGCAUCUAGCAAUAUGACUGAAUUUGACAUUGAGAAAUUAAUCUGCAUGUAUGUUACUGAAUAUUUGAGUUGGCAAAAAUCCCUUUAUUAGAUACAUUGUAAAAAGCAUGCAUUCACAGUUAUUGCUGUUACUGUUCCAUUUCUGUGUCAUAUGCUUGCUACUUGUAACUUUUUAUAUAAAAAUACAUAAAAUAAUGUAUAAUAAUUUCGUACCUUGAGUUUAAUGCAAUGUUUUCUUUUACCUAAUUUACCAAUCCUCAGGAGAUUAAGCUCAAAAUGUAGUUUCUAGGAAGUUGAAACACAGAUAGAGCAGAGAAACAACUGUCUCUCAUCCCUCAAUUACUGAACAGAAUACAUUAAUUUUUAGAGAUUUGAAUGAAUUCAUAAUAGGUUGAUCACCUAAUUUCAGUUAAAAGGUGUGUGAUAAUCUAUGUAUUCCAUUCUGUACUCUUAACUAAUUUAUUUCCACGGCAUUUAUUAGGAAGUUUGCUUCAGUACAGUAGAGUAGCAGAUUUUUGUCAGUUACACAAAUCUUAUGGUUGGGUUCCAACUUUAGAAAUACAGACACAAACCAUUUCCUUAUGCAAGAUGAAAUUAUGUCUGUAAUUCCAGCUGUAAGUAUUAGUAACCAACACCAAAAUCAAAAUUGAGAGGUUACAUUUUUAUAGAAUUACUAUAGUUUGAAGAGCCACUAGUAUGUAAAGUUGAAAGCCUCCUCAGCUAAGAACUCAAUAGCCAUGCAUAAAAUCAUAGCAUCAUUAUCAAUUUAAAGUCUAUCUUUCACGUUCCCUUCCAAAACAAAGCUCAGCUCCUUCUGAAUUAUCUUGCGUCACUCAUGGUUCUUAGGUUUUUCUGCUUAAAAAUGUUGCUAGAUUUACUAGAAAAAUUGUAAAGAAUUCCAAAUAUGUUCCUAAACUAUAAGUACAUAGGGAAAAAAGAAAACCUAAAAGACUGAUGUAAAAAAAUAAGGUGAUCUAUAUGAGCUAUUUAAAUAUAUAUUUGCAUAAUUAAAAUACAGAAAAACUGAUUUCUAAAACUGUGACAUAAUAGUGACAUGAGAAGAAGGGUUUCAGGUAUUUGACUACUUUUCUAUUUACAAGGUAUUUUAAACUUUAUUUUUUACCUUGAAUAAUUUGUUUUCACAUAUUAGCUGAAAAACAAUCCUCUCUCUUCUGCAGUCAUUGAGAGUCAUUGAGUCAUCCCUCAGUUACAUGGGUUUGCAGCAUGCACUAAUAGUUCAUUUCCAGAUCAGUAUCUCUUCACAAGUUCAUAUGAUUUAUCCCUGUUUUUUUUCCUUAACCUUUCCAAGUCCUAGUUCAUCAUCCCUUUUUUAAGUAUAUGUUAAAAUAUUUGCCACGUCCAUGCUUAAAAUGGAUGCACCCAUGCGUCCUUUAUAAAAUAAAAGUAGAAUUAAAGGCUUGCUAAUAGAAAUGCAUAUACAUGCAGACACUUGUGUGUAUAUUUAUAGAUAUUUAAUAUUGGAGAUAGUAUAUAAAAUAAGGAAAAAUCUAAAUAUGAGUUUAGUUUUGAAUGAAUUACAUUGUUCACACAUUAAAAUGCUGAACUUGUUUUUUAAAGUUGCUAUAUAAUUAUAUCUAAGUGCCUCAAUCCCACUGUUACAUGGUGUUUGUCUAGUCCCUCCUAGACAAGUACACAAUAAAAUUAAGAUUUUUCCAGUGAAGUGUUAACUGAAAGAACGGAACUGGAGAAGACAUGGAUAUUAAUAAUUGUAUUGCAUGGGCAUCCUUCUUUUCUUUUAAAAAUAUCCAAUUCUACCACAGAAAAAGGAGGGAGAAACAUAAAAUGCUGUGUAAACGGAACAAGUCAAGCAAAGUGAGAAUGUUAAUGCUUGAUCCUGGAAAGUCCUUUAGAAACAUAGUGCCUAAUAGCUACAUAUACCCUAAACCAAAAAAACUACUGUAAGUAAAAAAUACAUGUAUACUGGAGUAACAGGGUCAAAUUAUAUCUAUUCAAAUAUAAACAAAAAUGAAUUCAAACACAGAUAAAAUACUAUAAUUAAAAUAUUUAAUUUCCAGUAAUUAAAUUCUUUCUGUAGUCAGUGUGAAAAAUAGCCUAGUCCACUAUACUGCAAACAGUAAAGAUAAUAUUUGCUUCUUAUCACAAAAUAGUAGAAUAUUUUAAUGUGAUCUAUGAAAGUCAAAAUAUUUUAAAAAAGGGGUUGCUGCUGGGAGUAAAUAGUUUUCCUUUCUUAUCAGUAUUUUUCAUUAUUAGAAAUCCACUUGUUUAAAACCAGAAGGAAGUUCAAACAAGCUUUAAAUUUUAUGCAAAGGACGUUUGGGUUAAAUUUGUAGUUGUAUGUGUUAAUGUUGUAUAACACAGUAAAUUACUGAGGAUUAUCUGAGCUACCAAUCCUAGCUUCAUGCAAUUUACCUCAUGUUUGCCUUAAACUAAAACUAAGAAUUAUAUUUUCUCGAUAAUUUUGCUUUGACUGGUGCAAUGAGUGUGAUCUACAGCUAUGUUUACAGUAUGGUUAUUUCUUACAUACUUUUUUAAAAUGAGGUUUUCUUAUCAUAGUGCAUUGAAAUAUUAUUUACAGAUUUGUGGUCUGUUUUUUUUUUUUCCUCUCCAUGGAUACAGUAUUAUGGAUAUACUUUUCUUUUUGCAUGAUAGUUGAACAGCCACACCAAACCUUUUUUCUCUGCUCCAGGAAAUAUGGUCUUUGUAAUUUGUCAAGAGCUCUCUGCAGCAUCACUUAAAAAACUCAGGAAGUUCAUACUGUAAAUCAUCCUCAUUUAAACUUUUUCUAUCUUCACAAUUCUAAAAACAGCUUGGAAAAAAAAAGACUCUGAUAAAUGUUUGCACCUCGUCCUUCAAUUUUUCUCAAUUUUUAUGCUGCAGAUAUUCUCUUGAACCUAUCAACAAUGUAGCCAGUAAAAGGGAAUAAGAGAAAGUAGGAAGAUUUCUUGUUAAAGAGAAAUUGUUAGCCCCCACACCCCUCCCACACCCCUCAAAAAAUCAGACAAAGAAAAGAAACACAGAAAGGUAGUAUAAUUAGAAAAAGAAUAUAAAGGACUUUUGCUCAUACCUAUUCCCAAAUUUGCAAACAUUUUUAGGACAGAUAAAUUCUUUAACCACCAAAUAAAAGCAUUCUGUUUAUGUCCAGCUCCAAAGGACAUAAUUAAUACUUCACAGAACACUGUCCUACAGACAUAAUUUGGGGUUUUUGGUGUGUCUUUUACUUUAUGUGUUAAUCUCCCUGAUACCACAAAGACAUUUCAGCUGAGAGAGCACAGCUGAAGUAUACAGGCCUAUACAAAGGAUAAAAGCUGCACCAUUCAAAACUCUUUUGAACAUAGAAGUCUAUAUCUGAUCUGAAAAUAUCUCCUCAUUUGUAGCUCAGCACUUGAUGUGAAGUCUUACAUUCACAACUCCACUGCCCUUCAUCAUUACCUUAGGAUCAUCUCUCUUUACUCUUUGAUGAUCACUUUACAUCUUUAUCACUUGCUGCCUUUCAUUUCUGUCCACAGUGAGUUUAGUUCCAGUUUAGUUCUGUUCCCAUCUCACCUCAAAAUUCACUGAAAAUGCUGGAGUCCUACCAGCUCCCUGCCUUUGUGUUACCCUUGAAUCCAUCGCUUCUUUUCCCAUCUGUCACUUCAGAGCCAUCUUAAUCACACCUUGCCUAUAAACAGCAAAACAAAAACAUGAGAUCUCAGCAUAUCCUAAUCACCCUCAAUUUAUGUAAAACAAAAGCCAUGAAGGUGCACUGGAAUGGACAGGAGGGUGGGCUCAUUGGGGUGUACUGGGUCUGUAUUUUAAUGACUGUGCAUCAGUGUUGUCUGGGCUGUCUACCCCCAUGUGUUGGCGUGACUGCUCCUGUGAUAGCCAUACCUCAGUGUUCACCCACCAUUUUUCUUCUCCCAGUUAACACCAUUGUCAGACCAUGUCCAACACUUCUAAAUUUUUUUCUGUGCUGUAUUUAUAUUAGUAUGUAUCUCCACACAACAUAAAUCCAUGUCGUUGCCUCCUUCACAUACCUAUUAAAACAGUGCACAGCCUGGCAAACACCUGCCAAUGGUGCGGAAGAGGUAAGGUAAGAGCAGCAAGGUAAGAACAUCAGCUACCAGAAAAAGCAGUAGUUGCUGCUUCCAUCCAUUUUCUUUCCCAGGAAAAGGAAUUGUGCUGAUCUACAAUCUCCAAACAAGAUCACUAUGGGGGAAAAAAAGGAAAAUUGCUAUCCCCUUCAAGCAAUGAAUCUUAGCUGGGAGAACAGAGAUAAAUUAAGAAGCCCAUGAUGAAAAAAAUUGAAAGAAUGAGACUGCUUAGAUUUCUUUACCAAAGUAAAAGGCCUGAUCAACUCUGUGCAGCAUCAUUUCAUCCCUUCAUUCUCAGAUAAAGGAAAACUGUGGUUCAAGUCUUCUGUAUCCCAAGGAGAAGGAUGCUACAACUGUGAGUACCAAUCCUAUUCAGACCUCUGGAAGGACUUAAAAGCUUCUUGCAUAAAUGUGGGCAGACAAGGACUGGGCCUAUCAGGGUAGUCUUGUGCUGCUACAUGCAGCAUCUGCAACAUCGAGUUAUUUAGAUCUUUUAAGUUUUCCAUUCUUGAGUCAGUCCUCCAGGAAGGUACAUAAUAAACAGACUAAGCUACUUAAAAAAUGGUGGCUUUACAGGAAAGCAAUUACUUGGUAUUUAGUUUAGUUGGAUGUAAAAAUACUUGUGUGGAAAACAUCAACAGCUAUUGCGAAAAAAAUAGGUGCUUUUCAUCUAGCUAAGAUGCUAGAUUAAUUUAUCUCGUUAAAUGAACCAUUCAGUUGGAUCAACUGCAUCACUAAAUGAAAACACUUUUCAUCUGAGAUUUUACUUGUGAAACUGCAGUGUCUGAUUCAUACUUUAGUCAUAUCCUUCUUCUAGAUCCUGUUUUUUUUCUGAGUUCAGUGAAAGUUUCAGUUAGGAAAAAUCAGUUUAUUGAAAAUGAAUGAUUUCCACUAUCUUUAGUGAAGCCAAAAAUUUGAUUUAUACUGGGUAAGGAGAGCUUCAUUCUCAUUUCUCUGUGCUAGAGGAGCUUUUAACACAAGUCAUAUACUCUUUCUCUUUGUUUUAAAAAUCAGUAAUUUAAAGAAAAUUUAAUGUUCCAUACUUAGGCUACCCAUAUAAGUUUGAAAAGAGAAGUAAACAAUGGAAGAGAAGAUUAGAAAUCUAAAGUAAGCCUAUUUUCCCAAUGAUCAAAGCAAAAAUAAUAUUUUCAGAAGUUACAGUUGAACCCUUGGUUACUACACAAGCCCAAUCCUAGCCUUCAUUUUUAAAAUUAAUUUCAUAUUAUCAUAAGAUAAAAUUCAGCUCAGUAAUAUGAGUGAUUUUUAUUUUUAUAUCAAUUUAAAAUUAAAAAUUUACCUUUAAAAAUAUGUAAAGUGCUGAUAUCCUUUAGUUUAAGCACAACUUAUUUUGCUGGUCAGAAAGAAUUACUGUCUUUCUUUUUUUUCAGAGUCAAGUCUCUGCAUUUUGAGUUUUCCUUGCCAAAUGGAAGACAUUUUUAAUUUCUUUCCAACAUCUUCACUCCCACAUUCUACUGACUAGUUUUGGUGCAGAAAACACCCAUGGGGUGAUUUUGUUUGAUAUUCUGAGCAUAUCUGGCACCACUUUAGUAAUGAAACAGUACAUUACAUCUCUGCCUGCAGGAAGAAUUUCUUCAACUCUUAUCUAAGUUGCAUGGCCAAGAUCCAGGCCCAGAGACUUGUGCCGUCAUUUGAGAAUAACUUCAGUGACAUAAAGUAUCUUGUUAGCUUUUAGUAUCUUGGUAGAAGGUCUACACUAAUCUUGGCAAAUAUUAUUUCACUGGAAAUAAUUUAAAUCUUACAUUUUUAAAAUGUCAACAAGAAAUCUCCAUUUGUUCAUAUCACCAGCUCUUUGAUGAUUGAAAAAGAGAGUGAUGUUAGCAUGGAAAACUUUUAGUUCAUAGCAGAAGGCAGAAAGGAUUUUGUGACAUUUUUAUUAAAUAUGCAACAGUUUUCAGAUCUGGGAUUUUUUUCCUAUAAUUCAGCUAGGAUUCUUAGUUUUACUCCUCCCUUUUGUGAUGCAAACUUCGUAGUCUUUAUGUGUCUAUCAGAUUAGCAUCUCUUUUGCAAUUCAGUAGCUUACAGGGACUCAAAAAGAAAAAAAUUCCUGUGCUGGCAUAUAGUAUACAGAUUUAUAAAAUGUCUAUCAAAUGUCAUUAGAGUUUAUCUGGAUCACAAUGUGCUGCUAGAAAAUUAUCAGAUUAGAGAUGCAUAAAAAUAAAAAUAGGAAAUUACUCUAGAAGUUCUGCAUGUUUUAGUUUUGUAAGAUUUUAUUAUUCAACUGGAUUUGGUCAAAAGAGAAAUCUCAACAGGCAUAAACUUUUAUGGAAAUCUCAACAGGGACAUAAACUUUAUAUAGCAUGAAAUUUUAAACACACAUCUGUUUGGAGUAUAUGGAGUAAAAAGUAAGGGAACAUUUAGAAACUUUUUUAAUGCUUUGAGAAAAUGAGUGCUUCUUCUGUCUCAGAAUUAAUCAAACAGAUUUUCCACAAGCUCCUUUCUAUACAAUCUUUGCAUGGUGGUGAACAAUUCAUUUAAAUGGGAGGUAUAAAAUGCAAUAUUUUAGAAGGAACAGAAAUAGAUCAUGGUAGUGAAAAUGUUUGGAAGUAUGGUGUGUGAUUCUGAACUUAGUAAAUACACCUUGAAAUACUGCAAAAUUUUAGUGCCUUUGAUUUCCUUACUAUAAGGCAUAUGAUUUAAAGCUGCGACAUACCAAGGGCAUAAUAGCCAAUUAAUUAAAUGGGAAGGUUCUCUCUUAGAGUUCCUGGAUCAGAAUCUUGUCAUUCAGGCUCUGAGCUCAGCACCCUCUGCUGCUGGUGGCACUAAAUGAGCUGAUGAUAAUUGAGAAGGCUCCUUCUGAUGGACUCUUGUCAUUUUUGUUAGCACUACACAACCCACCUCCAGCUAUGAUGGUAAUAAGAGAAGUUAGUGCGUGAUGAAAACUAGUUCAGUUAACCUUUAACAUAGCUGUAUUGCAUUUUAUUUGUCUUUACAUUUUACCAAAUUAAAGUAGAAAUUAGAGGGUAGCUAAUUUAAUUUGAAAUACAUUCUGUCACUCUCUCUGGAUUUUCUUUUAGUGUUCUUGAAACCUGUUCACUGAUAAACAUAUAUCAAAUGUUUCUUAUUUUAUGCCACGGCUCAAAUGACAUUUAGCUUGAGAAUGAAGUUCUGAAGAUUUAAAUUUUGUUGUUUUACCUCACCACUUGACAUUAAUUAACAUUUCAAAGCUCUCCAGCCUCUCAGGAUCUGCUAUCCAGUUUGAAGCUGAUUUUUGUCAGCGCUGAAUACCAGCCAUGCCAGAAGAAAGGAGAAAAACUUUUCAUCAGAAGAUUACCAAUCCAUUUUCUCAAUGAGAAGAACAAUCCAAGUACUAGAGUCAUGUGGGGCCUUCUACUGCUAGGUGGAAAAACCGCUAACAUUUCAAUUCACCAGGUUGUAUUUUUGCUAUGUGAAAACAGUCCUUGUCUUCAAUUUCAAAGCUUAUUGAGGAGAGAGUGGAAGUCAAAGAGGAUGAUAAGGGCAAAAAAAAAAGCAAAACCCCAGCAGUGGUAAGUAAAUAAAUAAUUGUACACUUGUGCUUAAAAUUAAUGUACAGCAUAAUAUGGGGUGGAACCACUUCUGUUCCUUUUGGAUAAUUUGCAAAUCUUCUAAUGAGUUUUUGGAGAGUGUUUUUAGACCUGGAUUGGGCAUUGUCUGCUAACACUUUAGUUAAGUUGUCUUCAUCUACUUCUAAGACUUAUGGACUCUCUACAUUCCUAAAUGCUGUUUAAAGGUGUUAGAAGGAUAGUUCUGACAAUUUCCACUACUUCACUAAUUUUAUAAAUCAUAUCUAGAUCAUAUAUAGAUCACAGGAACUACAAUAUGGAACUCCUGUUGAGCCUAGUCAAACAUUACAUAGCUAUGGCAUCUAGUCAGUAUUGUAAUCAUAGAGCAUUGUUUCAACAAUGGGGCAAAAUACAAUGCUGUUUUACAAUGUCGCAUUCAAGGAUGCAAUCCACAAAAAAACGCUAGAAAAGGACCUUUUAGAGAAAAGGCAUUACAGAGUCACCUAGAAGGAGCUUUUCUUUGUCCUUUUUCAUAUGCUGAUUUCUACAGUAAUAGCAAAUGUGAAGCAAGAACAAAAGCAUAAAAGAGGUUUUUUCUUUUAUGAUAACAGUAAUGCUUAUCUCUGCAUCUACUGCUUGGGUAAUGUAUUGUUUGGGGAGAAUUCUCUGCUGAUAGAGACUUUCAAUCAUAACAUACAAGGAUGAUACUUAUGCAAGCCUUCCCCAAGAUCAUUAUUGAAGUUUCAUAAAAUUCAUAAAUGCAAUAAACAUGAACUGACAAUAUUGCAGCAUUUUGACUUUGUUGAUUUCAGCAGGAAAUUCAUUCUAGAUUAAAAAAUCUGCAGAAAGCUCAAGUUUGAACAAAAGUCAUGAAUCUCUCCCCUCUCCAAGUCAUGCAUAUUGUGGAGUUUAAUACUGCCUAAUUUUUUAAAAUGUGGUGCUUAUGCUGACAUAUGCAAUCAAUUUUCUAUUGUGGCACGCUUUCCAUUACUUAUUAUGCACAUCUCCCAGAUACAUGGGUAUUCCAUUACGAGCACAGGAGUUUGUAUGUCCCCAGACAGCAAUAAGCAGUCAUCAGCUUGCUGAAAACUGCAAAUGUGCCCAAGCUAAUGCUGCUGCAAGUAUUUGGACUGAUAUUACACAAAGAAGUUGCACAGAGAAAUACAAAGGAAGUCUUUCAUCUGUUUCUGGAAUAUUUUAUCCUUGGCAUUACAAAAUGUAUUUCAGUUUAUAUGAUGAUGAACAUACAUUAAAAAGACUUAUGUGUUCACUUUCUGAAGGUGCUGGUAGUGUUUUAUUCUGGGGCUAAAAUAUCAUGAUGUUUAGGAAAUAUCUGUUCAACCAGCUCAUGAUUAAGGAAUCUCCACCCUAGCUUUAUUUGUAUUUUGUUAUUGAUUUCUGUGUCUUGAAUGCCUCUUCAUGAAUGCUAGUUACAAGUAUUUAAUAUCUCAAAGCUGAAUCUUGGUUGAAAUCUUGGAGAGUUGAACCUUUUCAGGCUUAAGCACAACAGAAGCCAAAGGAAAGACGGGUCCUUGUCAUUUCCCCAAGUCUGUGCCACUGCAGGGAGACUCAGGAAGGAAACAGCCUCAUCUGAAAAACUUCAGGAGAUUUUUAGACUCUUCAGCCUAUCAGAAACCAAAGUACUGUAAAUAAAGUCCUGCAUCUGUAAAAUGCUUUUUUUACUGUCAUCAAAAAAAAAACCAAAAAACAUGAGAGGAACGUUAAGGCUGCCUGACAUUCUUCUAAUGUAUUGGAGGUGACAUUCUUCUAAUUUAUUAGUAGGUGAUUGAUCAUCUGCAUUCAUUUUCAUGAAACUCUGAAACUGCUGUGGGAAGUUUCAAGCUUAGCCUGCCACAUGAAAGAAAAUGGUCUCUAAGCAGUGUGCCAAGGAAUGGGACGCCUCUUUGCUCCUUUAAUUUUCCCUAUUAAUGUAAUGAAUGUUUGUCUUUAAAAAGAAAAGGAAUAAUUCUCACAUGAGUUAUUUAACAGAGAAUUAUACAAGAAGAACUACAGUGUUGUGCUUCAGGCAAUUAGUUUUAUAAUUUUUUUCCAUUAAGCUGAAUUCACAACUUCAGGUAACAGUAUCUGAAACCUCACAGUUGAAGGCAGUCUCUGAUAUUGCUUUUGUCUUUCCAUGUUUAAAUUCUGCUAUUUCAAUAGAAUUUGGGAGCUCCUACUUCUGAGGGCUGUAAGAAAAUCCCAAGAGAAGAAGAGAUGCUUCACAACACAUGCCUUACACAGCAGCCACCCCCCGCUCCAUGCAGUCCCUCUCACAGAUGACCAAGGUCACAGGGUAGUAGUAACCAGCAGCUGUUGGAGGAAAAGACCGUGAGGGGGCGUUGAAAAAGGGAAACUGAGGUCUUCUCCUACUGUACUAUUGCUGCUGCUUUACCAGUAACGACUGAUAGGUCAUCUUGCAAACAGUAAAAGGGAGAGAAGUUUUCCUUUGUCAGCCCCUCCUUCUGUGAACGUACACCUUAUCUGAGCUUACAGCAAAUGCUGACUGGCAGAGGGGAUUAUAAACACAGUAGUGAUCUUUUCCUAUCAACUAAUCUUGUAUUUUCACUUAUUUUUUAGAGGACAGUUCUGUAUUUUUUGUGUUUAAAUAGACCUACCCUGUCUCCAAGGUUUUCAGACAACUUAGGUUUUAGUGCAGGACAGGUUUUAAACACUUCAGUCGAGUAGUCAGUUUCUACUGAAAAGCUCAGUGUCCAGUAUUGUUAUUUAAAUGAAUUUAUAGUCAAAACUACUCUCCUCAUGAAUACUUAUUUCUUUUGAUCCAGGUCAAAACAAACUCAAGUGACUGCCUCUGUGACGAAUUUCAAUAAAUCUUUCUUAUUUCUUUUUGCUAAAAUGGGAAGAUGAAGGAAAGAAGGUAACAUAUUUUAUCUGAAGUCAGUUUCUAAUUCAAUUAGAGCUUCAUCUUGGCCCCAUUGAACUCGCUGGGCUUUUUGCCACUGAAUUUAAUAAGGUUAGAAUCAGACUCAAAACAUGCAGUUUCUUAUUUCUUCCAGAUAACAAAUUAAAAUAUUAAAUAUCUCAGGGUGAACAUUUCCUUCUCGUCCACAUGUUCUUUGAUAUUGUGUUAUUGCUUUUUCGUCUGUCCUUCUGUAACUUUUAAUUAAGAGUUCCUUUGUGUGUACGUAAAGGGAGGCUGCUUUAUUUCAAAACUUUUCAGGAUAUGCUUUAGUUUUGAUGGUUUCUAAAGAGAGAAAAAGCAGAAACAAUUUUUUUUUCCUAGUGGAGGUUUAAUCUACCAGAUGUGCUUGCUUGAGGAUGAAUUGGGAAAUGAGAUGAUGAAUAAAGGGUAUGAGAGCAAACAUACACUUUCUCUCCUAUUUUAAUUUAAAAAAGAAAAAAAGGGAAAAAUGUAUUUGAUUAUUAAGAAUCCUUGUCCAUCAGACUCUCCAGAAAAAAUAAACCUCCAUUAUAUUUAACAAAAUGUUCAUUGUGAAAGCUAGAUUAUUAUUACUGAUAGUUGGAUUAAUUUCUGAAGCCUUAUUACAUUUAUCCAUUCAUUCUUUUUAAAUCUAUCAGAUCGGUGCUUACACUAGGGAUAACUGAAAAUAAGGCCUUUUGAUCCAAUUUUUUGUCAUUAGUUGCUAUCCCUGACAAUACAGGUAAACGGAAUGUGAUAUCAGGGGCUGAAGAUUCAGAUAAGAGCUUGACGGAGGACAUGUGGGCAAGUCAACACCUCUAAAACCUUCCUGAAGUUUGGUCUAUUUUUACACAAAGAAGGAAGCUAUUUCAGUGGUGGAGAGAAGAAGGGAAAGGGAAUGUGGAGGCUGAGGGGGGACCCCACUGCUCUCUAAAACUACCUGAAAGGAGGUUGUGGUAAUGUGGUAGUCAGUCACUUCUGUCAUUUUUUAGUUAAAAGAAUGUGAAGAAACGGCCUUAUGUUGUGCAAGAGAAAGUUCCAAUUAGAUAUUAUAAAAACGUUUAUCACUGGGAAUGAUGGUUAAUCAUUGAAAUAAGUUGCCCAGGGAGGUUGUGGAGUCACCCUCUCUGGAAGUGUUCAAGAGCAGUCCAGGUUUCUCACUUGGGGAUAUGGUUUAGGAGUGAUUAUGGUGGUGUGAGGCUGAUGGCUGGACUAGAUGAUCUUGGAAGUCUCUGACAAUAUUUACGAUUCUGUACCACUCUGGCUUGAUUUUCCUUCAGAUUUGUUCUGGUGACCAUGUACUUGUAGGAUGGCAGAGCAUGUACCAGUAGCACUGCCUGGCUAAUACUAGAACAAAGAUACCCUCCAUUCAGGCAAAUAUUUGAAAAUCCUAACUUUGCUCAAAGCAAAAGUUUUGCACUACAGUUAUUGGUUUGGGCUUAGGUGCAAGGCCAAAAAAAUGCUAGUUAUCACUUUUCUGCGCACAUUCACAUAGCAUAUUGGUAUAUGUGAGAUGGUAACUGAAGGCCUUCCUAGAGCAUUUGAAAUUAAGGAAAAUUUAAAUUUUUACUUGGGUUUAAUAAUAUAGCAGGGGAAUAGAAGGGGAGAAAGUAAAAUUCCACCCAAACUAUUGAUGUGCCAAGUCAGUAAAACAUAAUUUUUAAUUGGGUGAUUAAGUCUAUGUUUUAUUUUAAAACCUAAAUUAAAGAGUCUAGGGUGAUAGAUGCAUGAGGGCAAUUCCCAUUCCUUGUAAGAAUUAAACUAUUGGCUACUUACAAGGUUUUCUAAUGACAAAACUGUCUUGUAAAUUCAUUAUAGCCUUGUUUAUUGAUUUAUCUAGGUCUCUAAGGAAUAUUACAGACUGAUCUGAAGUACCUGUCUCAUAUAUAUUGAAAAGACUUAAAACUGCUGAAAAACAACCUAUUUGAUGUCUGCAUAACUUUGUCUAAUUGUUGACUUUAACACUAGCUUAAAGAAUAUAUUGGAUGCUACCAUGUCAUUAACUUUUCCCUCUGAUGAGGGUUCUUGAGUGUUUUCCUGCACACUCUAAGUUCCUUGCUCUAAAUGUAGUAAGGGUAAGAAAGAAUUUUUUUCAAUUCAGCCUUUUGCUGUGAAGAUCUCUACAGUAAAGCAUUUCCUCUUGACUGAUAUUUUUUCUUUUGUCUGAAAAUCAAUGUACAGUCUUUUCUACGCAUUGUACAUCCUGGAUAGCUUCCGGGUUUUGAAAUCUUGCCAAUGUCACUGUAAGACAGGAAUGUAAUAUUUAUUUAGUUAAAUCAAAUGAGAACCACAGAUCAAGAUAUUAUUUAUAACCCAAUGGCACGGGCUAAUUUUAGUAGCUGAGCUAUAUAUGUGUUAAGGAAGCAGUUGCUAAACCUUACUUAGAGAGCUUUGGUGUCUAUUGAUCUUGCUGAUUGUAGCCACACCUUUCAUCUGAAAGUGAUAAAUGGAUAAAUUGAAAACCACAUGAAAACAAAUUAAUGACUUUUAUUUAAACAAGUAGAAGGGAAAUUAUUUUGUCUAUAUUAGCUCCAGAAAACAGCAUUUAAGCUGUGCUAAUUUUCUCUUUUUUUUUCACCUGAUCCAGGUGGUGGGAUCCUUUCAUUUUCUUUUUCAGACUAUGGCUUGGAUGAAGCAAUGUUGAAUAAAAUUAAUUUCAACAAGAAUGAAGGGAUGGAAAAAAGACACUGAGUUAAACUGAAAAGAGAGCUUGGAUUUGUUCAACAGAGUUGCAAUUGGGGUAGUUUCUGUGCUACUAAAUACUAUAUUCUAAGCUAAAGUAGUGUAUCUGGCCAAAAUUUUUAGGUGGAGGAGAAAAAGGACUUAGAAGGACAUGUUAGACUCAACUCAGGUGUUCCUUGACAUUGGUCAAUGACUAUGUGAGUUUCAGAUGUCAUUAAAUUUACCUUGUAUUACAAGCAAAUUUUCCUUUGGCAAAAACUAGCAAGAUUUGAAAAAUUGCAUGUUUAUUUUACAGCAAAGGAAUAAGAUUACUUUUAUUUUCAAUUCAUCUAGGCAAAGAAAGAGGUAAAAAUGAUAUCAUUUUAUUAUUCAGAUAUUUUGGAGAGAAAUAUACGAGUCCAUGAUGAUUCAUACCAUGGAUCCAAACAUGAGUUUUUGGGAGAGUCCUUGGCUGAGCAAGUUUUUAUUUAUAUAUAUGGAAAAUAAACUUAUUCCUCUGGAAAACUGAUGCAUUUUGAUGUGAAGAUUUAAGAUUUCCUUCCUUUAUCUCUAAAAUUAUUAAGUAUAAGAGUUGCCAGCAGGCUUUUAAAUUGCUUAAAACUAAAUGUGAGUGGUCAAAGAGUAUUGAAAAAAUGUCACUAAAAAACGAAGUAAAACUAGAAGCACAAAACCUUAACAUUUCACUGGCUUAUUGGGAGGAUGAUGACAGGUUUGCAAGAAUUUAUAGGUCAAUAAAUAUAUUUUAAUAGCAAAUACUACUGAAAUUAUGGCAAAUUUCCAUUGAUUUCUUAAGUCCUAGAAUAAAACUUUAAAAAUAUCCUUAUAAGGUACAUGGCAACUCUGCUACUGUUUAGCAGAACAUUUAGUAAUUGGAUUAAAAAAACAUGCUUCAACUUUUGAUCCAUUUUUGUCAGUAUGAAUAAUCAAUGUAAAAUAAUAAAUAAUGCUAAUGGCAAUUUAAUGAAAUGUGAAUAGUGAAUAGCACUAGAGAUCUUUGGAAAUGGCUGAUCUAUCCAUCACUUUAUCAGAAAUGCAAUUUUAAAUAGUAAUAUAAUAAACUGUGCUUCAGAUUUUUAUUUUUGAAAAAAAUGAAUCCUAUUACAGAUAUAUUUUAUAUCUGAUUUAAUAACACUAUUCUUAUUCUACCCAGUUACUGUCUGUCUGUCAAAGUUUGUACUAGUAUUACAUUCACAAUUCACAUCUGCAAGUUCAAAAAACUUAGUGGUACUAUUGCUAUUUGUAAUGUCUUUUUAUCACUUUCGUUAUUUAUGAACUGAUGGUGCUUUGUUGUGCAAACUGAGAAAACACUUUGAAAAAUGUCAUGUUUCUCCUUAUCUGUUAAUUUUAAAAAGUAGAGCAAAAACAUUAUAUAUUUAAGUAUGUUAUAAUUUUUUAAUUUGCUCUUUGUAAUCAGGCCUCUUGCUGAUCUCUCUAAAAGCAUCAACAUUCAUUGGUCAAACCAGAGUCUACACAGUAUUUCUAAAGUGUGCCCUGAAAAACAUAAAUUUCUUUGGCUCUAUUUGCUCUUCCUGUUUUCUCAUUAGGAUGCCCAAGGAUUUUCACUGAACCGGGUGGAUUGACUAUAACCAGGAACUGAAAAUUUAAAGCUUUCUUCUCACUGAAAAAGAUCAAGACUUCAUAUUUCAAAUUCCAAAUGGAAUGACAAUCUACAGUGAACUUGUUCAGCUGAAAUUUCCGGGAUCUUAGGCACUCCAAGCUACUGGAAAAACAUCCUGUUAUUAAUCCUGGAUUAAUGAAGAGAAUGGACUUAGGGCAUGAUCCAGAGCCCAUUGUAGUCAAUGGGAGACUUUUUCCAUUGACUUCAUCGGGGUUUGGAUCAGGCCUUUACUACCUAAAAUGAAUAAACUCCCAGCAAAAUCUGCUAUAAGCAAGUGGCAUCCUUUCCUGAGAUCUUAGAAGAUAUUGAAGACAAUAAUAGCCAUGCCUCCCCCAUGACUAUGGCUCUGUGUGUGGCUCACUGCUCAUGGGGAGCACCCGGUGUAGUUUAAAAGCACAGAAAACCCUUAAAAGUCAAAGCAUUGCUGGUCACAUUCAGAAUAUUUGGUCUAGGAAGUAGGGAUUUAUGUUCCUAAAAUAAAUUGUUAAAUUACGAGAAACAAAGCUGAUACAUUUCUGAAUAUUUCUUAGUUUCCAAGGGAAAGGGGAUUAUUUAAGUUUAAAACUCUCGGAACUUUAGUAUGUGAAUUCUUGAUGUUCAGAAGUAAAAACAUUAAUGUCAACAGAGACUUUAAUUUCUGUCACCAACCUGUAAUGAUAGUACUAACACAAAUUCAUCAAUUAGUCUAUGAAGAGUGAUGAUUUUCAAGUCUCUCUAAAGAAUGUCAAUAUGGUACAAAAUUGAAGGCAAAUAAAGGAUUUGUUUAAAACUAAAAAAUAGAUGGGAUUUGCAAAGUUCUUGUUUAGUACUGGUUGUGGGUUUCAUAGGAAAAAAAACCUCCCCUAACUCUUGAACCUGUGUACUUUCCAAAUAAAAAGUGAUAAUUAAGUCACGUAAAUGUCUGAAAUUCUGAAUUCCUGAUAAUACAGGCAAAGCAAUGGCUUCAGGGCUUUUGGCUUCAUAGUCUUGAUUAGUUACAUGAUAUCUGACUUGGGUAUCUGCAGGGCUGUCUCUGUCUGAGAUGCCUCUAAAGAUAACACUUUUGUAGCAGAAAACUUGUCAUGCUACUGCAGUUGUUUAAUAUUGAUCUGAUUAAUUGUGUCUCAAAAUUACCUCUAUCUCUAUAUCUGAUUAUGAAAGAAACAAAUAUGGCAACUAAAAAAUACUUUAUAUAUUUGAGCACAUAAUUUGCUUUCUACUCCAUCCUCAUGACACAAACUGAGAACCUUAAAACACUUCAAUCAGCACCAACCAAAAUCCAGAGGUUGAACAGUGAAGUGAUUGAUACAGCCUUUGGACUUCCAGAAAUCCUUCUUGUAGCAGUAGAGAGAAGUUAGACACUGCCAAUUGUAAUUUUUCACAAUUUCGAAGCAAGUGAUUUACAAAGGGAAGAAGAAAGAGCUUGAAAGAUUUUUGAAAGAUGUUCUUAAAUCCAGACACCCUUGUUACAUUCUUCUCCUUUUCCUCCUAUGUGAAGGUACUCACAUUUUCCAUUUCUUGCCAACACUCUGAAGUAAUUGCUGCCUUGUACUUGUAGAAAGUUCUGUCAAAAUGUGACAUUUUUUAACAGACCACUUUGUUCCUCAUUUCCAUGGCAUAAUGACAUGCAUAGAGAGGAAGAAAAUUUUUUUAUAUGGCACCUUUGAAAGAGUUAUUUGUAAUGCUUUAUUUUUUCUUUUUUCUUUUUUUUUUUAAUCAAAACUAAUAAAUAAAUAAUAUGGGGCAGAUUGUUGGUGCUUCUGAGGUAAUUAAAUCUUUUACAGUAAUUCCAUAAGGACUGAGUUUCUUGGUUGACUAAAAGAGAACUUAAGUGGAAAUGGACCUGCUUGAAAAAUCUCUUUGGGAGAUAUAAUGAUACAGUGAAACUCCUCAAGAACUCUUGCUUUUAUAUUUAAUCUAAAUUUCUUUUCCCAUUAGAAGUUAAACGCAUUGAUCUUGCUGGUUUACUCACAUUUUGGGAAAACAUUAUAAUCAAAGCAUGUAUUGUAAUUGGGAUCAUUAUUUCAGCCUAUAAUUUGUUUUCUUAUAAGAAAUUCAAUGCCUUGCUAGGUGACUCUUGUCAUGGUUUGUAUCUCCCUUGAUUGAUGUGAUCGUAUUUGACCCCAUUUUUGCAGCUUAAAAUGCUGUAUAGGACAAAAAUUCUAUUUGAAUACUGGAAAGAUUCACCAUUAUGUUUUCCAUUUUCCACUUAUAUUCUAUAAGUCUGAUUGAUAUGACUGGAGAUGAUAAUGCAAUUAUACUGUAAAUCUCUUUAUCUGAAUUAUAGAUACAGUUUUGAGGUUGACUUUGGGCCACUGGUUUUUGAAACUUGCUAUUAUAUUGGCUAAUUUUUAAAUAAA